AUGUUAAGUGAUGGUGAUAUUUUGGCUCUUUUGGGAGAUGGUGAUGUGUCUGAUAUAGGUAGUGAAGUUGACGAAUUGGAAGAUGAUAAUUGUUUUCCAAUUGAUGAGUUUGACCAAUUGUUAAAUGAUUUUGACGAUUUAUCCUCGGACAUUUUGCCCGAUAUAGAGGAGGUUGAACCUGAUUUCAUAAAUACAAAUAAACGUGAUAUUCAUUGGGUACAAAAACCAUUCGAGCCACCUACUAUUAAUUUAGAAGAUAUAGAAAGUGAGUAUAUUGAUACACUUAAAACUCCCAUACAAUAUUUUUCUGAAUAUUUUGGGGACGAUAUUAAAAAAUAUCAUACAAAGUAA